UUCGCACCAUUCACUCAUUGCAACUUUAAUUCACCAGCAUGCGCAUUUCAUCAUCCACCUUAUUAUUCCUAUCUCUACUCACCGACCCCGUCCUCUCUAUAACACUCAUCUCGCCUUCACUACACGACCUUGCUCGUUCAGUGGCCCAUGGUGCCCACAUCGCUCUUCAGCACUCCAACACCCUCAUCUCGUCUACCGCCCACCUGCUGGGACAUCACGAAUCUGCCGCCGGUCUAGCACCCGGACAGAGAGGGAAGAGAGUGAAGCGAGCAGCGCAGAGCUGUGUUGUUAGAGGGGGGCAGGUGCCAUUGGGAGCUGGGGAAGGAGGGAACGCAACAACUACCGCACCUACUGGGUUGUCUCCUGGAUCGCCUGCUUCUGGGUCGUCUUCUGAAUCGCCUGCCUCUGGGUCAGCAAGUAUAUCGCACUCCUCAGCAGGAACUACGACGCCAAAUGGGCCUUCUUCAGUCUCCUCCGCAGGGCCUACAACGUCAAAUAAGCCUUCUUCAGUCUCCUCCGCAGCACCUGCAGAAUCCAGUGCUGCUGCUUCAUCUGACCCGGCAGGAUGGAAUCUUGUUCAGACCUAUGCGGGUACAUCCUUCUUCGACGGUUGGGACUUCUGGACCGAUUCAGAUCCUACCCAUGGAACUGUCACUUACGUCUCCCAGUCCGCUGCUGACUCGCUCGGCCUAGUCAGCACCUCCGACACAAGCGCCAUCAUGCGCGUUUCCACUGCUCAGCCCCUACCCUCUGGUUACACCAGCCGUCCGAGCAUUCGCAUCACAACUCAACGAUCCUUUACUGGUGGCCUUCUCAUAGGCGACAUCGCGCAUAUGCCAACAGGAUGUGGCACCUGGCCAGCAUUUUGGUCCAACGGCCCGAACUGGCCUGCAGGAGGGGAGAUAGACAUCAUUGAAGGCGUUUCAGAUGCCACGCACAACACUGCUUCCAUACACACUAAUCCCGGCUGCACGAUUCCCACCAAUUAUGGCGCUAGCGGUGUGCCUGCACUGGCUGGAAGUGAGGGAUACAACUGCGCGGCCGAGGAAACGAAUGAUUCGGGAUGCGGAUUGACAGACAACACACCGAACAACUUUGGAGAACCAUUCAACAAUGUGGGAGGCGGUGUGUUUGCGAUGAAAUGGGACUCUACUGGCAUUGCUGUUUACUUCUGGUCCCGUCCCAAUGUACCGCAGGACAUCACUUCUUCCCUUCCGAAUCCGGCCUCUUGGCCAGAACCGAUCGGUGCCUGGCCUGCCAGCCAAUGCAAUCCAUACCAGUUUUUCUCCCAGAACGUGGCCAUUUUUGAUACGACACUUUGUGGCGACUGGGCUGGGAACGCUUGGACCACGGCCGCAUACGGUGCGUCUCAGUCGUGUGCCCAAUCAACAGGUUAUAGCACUUGCGCAGCCUUCGUUGCAGCCCAGGGUGCAUCCUUUUCCGAGGCUUAUUGGGAGGUACAUAGCGUGAAAUUGUACCAACAAGAGGGAAUGGGGUCAUAACCAUGAAUGUGCGGACAUAGGGC